AUGAACUCCCUUCCUCCGUCCCUCCAUACGCCCCUCCGUCGAUAUCUCACACAAUGCGCCCGACGAAACCUCACUCGCCAGCAGCCUCGAUGGCUAUCAACAUCCCACACACUCCGAGCGACUACCACAAAAACAGGCACAAGGGAAGAAGUGCGAUAUUCCACCAAGGCUGCCCGUGAUCAAAAUGCACGGCAUAAGCGGUCAAUGGCCAUAUCUGCCGCAGGCCUGAUUGCGUGCGCCAUUUCCAUGUACGGCACCGUGACAUAUUACUUCCCAGACGGACUACAACCGGAGACCAACGCCGACAGUAACGACGGGCAAAAGAGCCAGACAGCAGCAUCAAAGGCGAAGAGUGAUGGAAAAAUCAAACUCGAGGGACCACCGGGUGGCGUGGCACUCAAUGAGUCUUCCACCGUGAUCAUCGAUGGCAUCGAACAGGUUCCCACAGGAAAUUCCACGAUACCUAACUUCCCCAAGACGAUCCGCCUACCCAGAACCGUUGACGGAAGUAAUCCUGACCUGAAAAUCGGCGACGAAUUGCCUGUUACAGAUAAUGUGAAUGACAAAUCGGCUGAUGAAUACCAGCUCCUCGGCUUGGGUCUACGUACGGUCUCCUUCCUUAGCAUUCAAGUCUACGUGGUUGGCUUGUACAUCGCUACGGCAGACAUUCCCGAGCUCCAGGCACGACUUAUUCGACAAGGUGCUAAUCCCGUCGUACCUGGCGUUGCUCCUACCGAUGACGGACUGACUGCUACAUCGCUUGUACCGCACGAGCGUGAGGAGUUACAGGCUUCUCUACUCGAAGCCGAGAAGGGCGAGCAGAUAAUGGAUCAUAUCCUGAGGCAAGGGGGUAUCCGCACCGUCUUCCGAAUCGUGCCUACACGAAACACAGACUUCUUGCAUCUGCGUGAUGGGUGGGUGAGAGCUAUCACUGCCCGGGCCCAGAAGGCAAAUGCCCGGACAAAGCAACUCGCUGCAGCAGAUAAAUCAGCUUCUGACGUCUCUACGGCAGUUGAAUUUGGCGAUGACUCGUUUGGCACAGCACUGUCCGAGUUCAAGACACUGCUUGGUGGAGGAGUGAGGAAGAAUGUGCCUAAGGGUCAGACUUUGCUUCUCCUUCGUGAUAAGCUUGGAGGGAUGGGGAUAGUAUACCAGCCCGGGGAUACCAAGCCGAUGACAUGGCUUGGUAGGGUUGGGGAUGAGCGUAUCGGACGACUGGUGUGGUUGAAUUACCUUGCCGGGAAGACCGUGGCUAGUGAGAGCGCAAGGAAGAACAUCGUUGAUGGCAUGAUGGGUAUCGUUGGCCGGCCGAUCGGUACAGUUGAGAUGAAGGUCGUCUGA